AUGUGUGCCGGGAAUUACGCACAGUCCGGAAGAACUACCUCCCGCCGAGUUGGUGUUUCGUGUUGCGCGGCAUGCCAUUUAUUAUGCUACCGAGAAAGGGACCAGGAAGAACGCUGUCAGUUGAGUAACAAUCCCCUGCAGCGCCAGCCGGGUUUGCUCGCCCCAGACUUGGGAGGCGCUUCGGUGGAAGGCGCCUCCUGCGGGCGGCCGAGAUUGAGUGGCGAACACCUCACAUCCGGAGCUGCUGGGGGCGCCGCCCAGGCAGCCGCGCUUGAAUCACUCCCGAUCCCGCUGGCGGCCAAUGUGCUGGAAGGAGACGCGGCCCCGGGAGGAGGAGGAGGAGGCGGCGGCGGCGAAGGCGCGGCCUUUCCCGAAGAAAGAGCAGCCUGUGUGACUUGCAACGGGUUUGUGCGGGGCAGCAGCUUCCUCGUUUGCAAAGCAAAAGUUGACGCUGCUGCUCUUGCCGCGUGUCGCCCCAGUGCCCCAAAUCCUACUGUGACGUAG